AUGGCAGCAAUGAGGUUUACUACCUUGGACAUACUCAACACACUCACCAGGUCGGGAGCGCAUAGUGAGGACCCAACGACUGUAGCCAAAACUACCUUUGAACACGGGGCAAUGACAUCUCCCGGCUCACUAUCACCUCCCGACCUUGACUGUGCUAUGUUGAGACCAGGCCGAUCUAGCAAGACAUCGCGGUUACGGCGAGGAGCAGGCUUGGAAGAAGAAUGA